GGAAAGUGGAGAUGCUGGUAUCAGCCGUGCGGAAGGGCGGAACGCUGCGUCCGCUGUUCGCUCGUGGCGCUGCUUCAUCUGCCAUACCUCUCCAUGUACAGAAGAUGGUGGUGAAGAUGGCUGUGGACACAUUUGACCCCGCGGUCUCCAAAUAUACGACAUUACCAGCACGUUUGAAAGUCCCACCCUUGCCAGAUCAGUCCAAGCAUCCGUCAUGGGUCAACUUGUCUUCGUUCCGUGAAGCGUAUCGCAAGAAAAUGUUGGCGCCAGACGUCGUGGAAGCUCUGAACAAUGUCGGGUUUGUCUGGGAUACGCGGCAGCACAAGUGGGAGGUUACGUUGCAAGGGCUGCAAACGUUUUCAGAUCUCUACGGCCACGUGAGGGUUCCAACGACGUUCGUUGUGCCAGAAGGUAGCGAACAGUGGCCCCAAGAGUGCUGGAACUGGAAGCUCGGGUAUUUGGUCGACCGAUUGCGGCGGGACAAGGAGAAUAUGCCACAGGAUCGGAUUGCCACGUUGGACAGCCUCGGUUUUAUCUGGAAGCUGCAUAGUCACACAUGGCACCAGAGUAUGGAGCUGCUGGCAACAUACAAGCGUCUCUUCGGCGACGUGAAUGUCCCACAACGGUAUGUCAUUCCAUCGACCGACGAGUGGCCGUCGUUUGGCCACGGCGUGCGACUUGGAAUGUGGGUCCAACACGUGCGGUGGAGAGCUGCCGCCUUCCCCAAGGCCCGCGUGGCAGCCUUGAACGAACUGGGAUUUGUAUGGGCCGCGUUCGACGAAAGAUGGCAAGUGAACGUCAAGGCAAUGCAAACGUACAAGGCGUUGAAGGGCCAUGUGAAUGUUCCAAGGAAGUUUGUCACGACGGAUGAAUGGCCAGAAGCGUUGCGAGGGCUGCACUUGGGCAUAUUUCUCAACAACUCGAAACGCCGAGUCGAUAUAUUCGAUCCCAGCCGUCGAAACGAUUUGAGAGCUCUGGGCGUCGAAGUAUAAUCAUACAGUAACGUUACACGAACAGCGUCACAAAUUUGCC